GUACUUAUACCUGACCGCGAAACUCAACACGCUCUGCACCUCUGCACCUCCUGAGCUUAUCUGAUGCGGGGUGUUUCUUCAUUCAGCCAUUCACUGGGAACUCCAACCGCACGACCCAGAAAAGGAAAGCAAGACCGCCGAGAAAGAGAGAGCAACCCCCAUCUCCAGACCAAUAAACCAACUCGUCAUCAUUUGCCAUUUACCACUUACCACUUUACCAUCUUACCACCUUACCACCCAUCUACCGCCUUCACCCUUCACCUGUGAUACCCCCUGUGUGAAGUCAUAUCGAACCAUACUCUUUAUUGUACUACCUACUACUUACAUACCUGUGCCAACAUAUAUCUUGUAAUGACCUGAACUGUAUACGCGCUAUUGCUGUCUACUACCUGUAACUUUCGCUUCUACCUAGAUGUGAUUUUCUAAUCUCUAACUCUAUAAUGAGACCCUUCCCUGGCGACGAUGCUUUCGGGCGUCAGCGAUCGGCCGACCACGAUCCGGCCCCCUUGAUGGCUUCCACUUCUAGCCAGAUGUCAUUCUUCUUCGCCGACGAAUCAUCCAUGGAUUCAUACCUCGAACAGUCGAACCCCCAUAGCCGAUUCCUUGAUGCGCGAAAGGCUGCCGCCUCUACCGUCCACCCACCUCCUCGCAAAGAUGACAAAGACGGUGAAAGUUCAAGGCAGACCGCGGCACACCAAGAUAGAGAUUAUACAUUUGCCUACUCUCCGUCGUCAAGGGACUCGGUCUUUACACGCAGCCCAGCCUCGAUGAGGUCCCAUAAUCAAUCGUCGCCCUCGCGGCCGAUAACUCCUAUUAUGUUAGGUACAUCGUUGUUCACCGGAUCCGCACUUAGUAGCCCAUCUUCAAGGAGGAACUCUUUCACAGGAUCGCUCUCGGAGCACGCCGUUAGCUCCGACGAGGAAUCGCUUGAUCAUAGACCUUCGAACAUGUUGGAUAGUGGUAGUGCUCCUCAAUUGGUUAUGCCCAGUAUAAAGAUGCCGAGUCGCCGUCCUUUCACCGAGACAGGCAAAAGUCUAGGCCGCCUCAAGGUGCUGUUCGCUGGCGAUUCUGGUGUUGGCAAGACUUCCAUGGUCAAAGCAAUUGUCCAGAUCUGCGAACAUAUUGUUCAUGUUGAUCCUAUCCCCUCCCAGGCAGAGUCUAGCACGCAUAAAAGCCAGAGCGCUUUGCCUCGAAAGUCAUCUAAUUCGUCAUCUGCCAUAUCGGAGAUAUAUGCCAGCACCAAACCCUAUCCUGAGUGGUGGUCGACGGUAGACGAACCUCAUGAUCCCCAAAGGCGUAAGAGUCUCGGCGACAGCGUCCUAGAACGUAAUGUGUGCUUCGUAGAUACACCUGGUUAUCGGAACGGCUCAUCGGCUAUGGAAAAUAUUAUGUCAUGUAUUGAAUAUGUCGAAUCCCACUUGAACAAAAUGUCCUCGGACUUGUUGAGUGAUUCGGACAUGCUAAAUGUUUUAGGGGGCGGUGGAGGCUUCCAAGUGGACGUCGUCUUUUAUCUCAUCUCGCAAAAGAUGAGACCAGUUGAUUUGGAGUAUAUCCGUCGACUGAUACCGCUUACAAAUGUUAUUCCUAUCUUGGCUCGCGCCGACUCGAUCUCGCCAAAACAGCUCGUAUCAUGCAAAGAGCAGAUUGCCGGCCAGCUAAGAGAAGCAGGUCUCAAACCGUUCAGCUUUGCAACGGUAGACCAGGAGUCUGCUACGCGGAUGCCAAGUAUCCCUUAUGCCGUAUCCAGUGCGACAGGGUCGGAUGACGAUAUAAUGGAUGCGAGCCUUCUCAUGAGUCCGGAUUAUGUUGAACCCCUGAUGACAUCGGACCUGAGAUAUGUCGUGGAUAACGUGUUUAGCCCCAACGGAGUAUCCUGGUUACGGCACACCGCAACGAAGAAGUACCUGGAAUGGAGAAACACCACUCCAUCACGACCUCGUCACUUAUAUAGGCCGCUGAAUCCUCCUGGCCCGGCGACAUCAUUAGCCCUAGCCCCACGCACAGGAAACACGGCAAGAGAAUGUACAGCGCUAGCGCUAACUUGUCUUAAUGACCAACAUCGAGAUCACGGACCACCGCAGCUUCGUGUGGUAGACUGGGCAGCCGAUCUUCAGCGUAGCCUUUCAAGCGAGCGGACUCGAUACGAGGCACUCGCUUGUGGUGAACGUGCGGUUUGGCUCACGGAGAGAUUGAAUGAAUGUGUGCAAGAUGGUACACUUGUGGCCGUGAGGAAGGUCAGGGGCAAGAACUCGACAGAGACUAGGAAAACUUCUAAGCGUAGGUUUUCAACCAAGACCACACAGCAUCAAGACCCACUGGGAUUGCUUCAGGUUACGGCGGAUUUGAAGGCAAAAGGGUGGUUUGCUCUUGAGGUUAUGGGAAGUCUCGGCGUCAUGGGCGGAUUAGCAUACUGGGUAUCGAGGCAGCAUUGGCAAAUGGAACCUGUGCAACUUGCGGAUGAAUGGGCUCGACAUUGGGGAAUGGAUAUAUAAGAUACCAUAAUUGUACGAAGUGAUUUAGUAGUAGUGGUGGUGGUAACUCUACUCAACCAGAUAGUGCUGGCCUUGCCAAAUACAUCCAACUUUUAAUACCA